AUGGUGAACAUCACGGAGAAGAUCAAGGAAAUACCAUCUCGGUCUCUUGAAAGGGUUCGUUCAUUCGUCACUUCCGCUCUUCCCAUCAGAUUCCUCAUUAACAACCCACCCAGUAAACUCGCCCGCUACCGCGCCCAACUCCUCGAACCCGGCCCCGGAGCCGGCGGUGGCGGCGGCGCUGGCUUCGACGUCUCGAAAUCAGGCGACGCACGCAUUGCGCUCGUCGGCUUCCCGUCCGUAGGAAAAUCGACCUUCCUAUCGAAAAUCACCAAGACGAAAUCAGAAGUGGCGGCGUACUCCUUCACGACGCUUACGGCGAUUCCCGGGGUGCUUGAGUAUGGCGGUGCGGAGAUCCAGAUCUUGGAUUUGCCGGGGAUUAUCGAGGGCGCUGCGGAGGGGAAGGGGAGGGGGAGGCAGGUUAUCAGUGCGGCGAAGACGAGUGAUUUGAUCUUGAUGAUCUUGGAUGCGUCGAAGAAGGCGGAGCAGAGGGCGUUGUUGGAGGCUGAGUUGGAGGCUGUGGGGAUUAGGUUGAAUAGGGAACCGCCGUACGUAUUUAUUCCCGUUGGCUGUAUUCCCUGCGUGUUUGCAGGUUUUAGUGAGCUUGAAGGAAAUGGAAAUGCUGAUGAGGAUGAGAAUAGGAAUAUCUACCUGAAGCCCAAAACAGCCGGCGGCAUGAAAAUCACCUUCCAGACACCACCCAAGAACAUCGACCAGAAAAUGGUGUACAACAUCUUGCGCGACUACAAGAUCUUGAACUGCGAGGUUCUGGUGCGGGAUGAGAAUGUGACCGUUGAUGACUUUAUCGAUGUCAUCAUGAAAGAUCACAGGAAGUACAUAAAGUGCUUGUACGUCUACAACAAGAUCGACUCUGUAUCCCUCGACUUUCUAGACAAGUUGGCGCGGGAAGAUCAUACGGUUGUCAUGAGCUGUGAACUGGAUCUAGGUAUUCAGGACGUAGUGGAGAGAUGUUGGAGAGAGUUGAGACUGAUUAGGAUUUAUACGAAGCGGAAAGGAGUGGAUCCAGAUUUCAGCGAGGCGCUGAUUGUAAGGAAUAAGAGCUCGAUUGAGGAUGUUUGUGAUCAGAUUCAUAGGAGUUUGAAGGAUACGUUUAAGUAUGCGUUAGUUUGGGGGGCGAGUGCUAGACAUGUGCCCCAGAGGGUGGGUUUGGGACAUGUGGUGGCGGAUGAGGAUGUCGUAUCAAUAGUGAGUAAUUGGAGAGCUUAG